ACUCUUAACGUCAACGGGGCUACGCUUCCGUCGAGAUAAUAUAAUCUCGGUUAUUCUUGAUAGCGCGCGCUCACAUUAAUCAAACGACGUUCCACCAUGGCGGUGGAUUCGAGUCUGCUCCGAAUACUGAAUUCUCUGCCGAUAGAGGACAAAGAAGCCAUGAGAAUUGGCAGUGCUUCGACAGUAACAUCUACAAAUGAAUUCGAUGUGAUUGGAUCUCUUUCGACGAAUGGCACAACAGUUAUUCGCCGUCUCCCAUUCAAUUCCGAUUUGAAUAAGUUGGACGACUGGAAGGAAACAGCCGGUGUUGUUUUUCAUCGAUUCCUUCAGGACAAACCGUUCUUCUUUUCCUUUGCCGAUGUUGAAGGGAGCUCAUCAAUCUUAGAUUCAGACGAAAAAAUUGAAACUGUUUUAAAAUUACACAAACAGAAAUGUUCAAUUGAACCGGUAAGUUCGUUGCCUUUACAACUGAAACUUGAGAUCAUAGAGAAUUCUUCGUCUUCUUCGCUACCGGAAGCCACGGAACCGUUUGUAAAAGAGGAAUGCGCAACUAAUAAAGAUCUAGUCACUUGUGAAUGUGAUGGUUGCGGACAGAUGGUGACGAUGGGACUUGGCUACAAGUGUCUUGAUUGUAACAAUGUUCAUAUUUGCGAGAAUUGCGAAACAAUGAAUGAAAAGCAUAAUACGCAUCUAUUAAUCCCGUGCCUAGUUUUAAUACUCGGCGCUGAGCAUAACUACAUCGUCAAACAGGCUGAUGGUCUCAUCCAACUUGUAAGUGGAAAUGAAAACGAAGACCAAAUUGACGGUAUAUAGAAAAAAUCACCCAGUUGUUUGCUUAACGUUACAUAGAUUUAUAAUAUGGGCGUAUGUAGAACUAUAGUAACUUCAUGUGUCGCCAGUCAGACUUAUAUCAAUUAUAAUCAAAGAU